AAUAUUUUCAAAAAAAAAAUUUCAAACUCAGAUCCAAAAACUAAACACUUAGAGCUACAAUUUGCUUUUUUUUUUUUGCUGUACGACCAUUUUUGUAUAAGUUACAGCCUGUUGAAAAUCCCCCAAAAAUUUGGAUUUUUUUUCUGCUCCCUUAAUUUUUGUGCAUAGUUAUAGUUGAUUAGAUCAUGUCGAAUAUUGACAACUUUUGAUAUAGGUAGGUAAAGCUAAUAGGUACGUAUAAAAUAUACCUACAUAACUAUAUAAAUAGAAUAUUUAUGUACAGAAGUUACAGAACUAAAUGUCUACAAACUUUACAAGCAACUGUGAUUAUCUGAAACUUAAUAUUUGAAAAAACUGACUCAUGAAAUGUUCUGUUACUUCGAAUACUUCUAGGUUCAUAGGUUUCCCUGCUGGUAGUCAUCAACAGUCAAGUGACGUCUUUUCUCUUGAAUGACUUCAAAACUAGUAAUGUAUCUUGAAGUAUGAAAAAAUAUAAUGUAGCUAACUAAUGAAAAUACUUACACAAGCGUUUUUAUUUGAUAGAUCAUACGAUGUACGAGUACCUGCUCGUAGUUUGCUGACUAUUUUAGAAUUUCACCCCAAAAGAUAAUAAUUUAUUUUCUUUACACGUUUGUUUUUGGCUGACCGAUUUGGUACGUUUACCUCUAUUCAACGGAUAUAGUACAUUUCCCUUAUACUUACUCUACUCUUUGGUACAUUCGUAACUAAUUGACUGCGACAAAUCGACGGAUAAACGCACGAUUGAUUUUUUUUUAUUAGACGGGUUUAAAAAAAUAAGAAAACCACUGUCGAACAAAGGUCAGGACAACUUAAUUAACAAAUCAAACUGGAACCAAAAUAAGACCAUAGAAUGGCAAAGAAUGACCUUGAUUGAAGUCACACAAUUGUGAACGUUGUGUGUAGGGUUAAGGGCGCCCUUGACAGAUAUCUAACACUAACCUUUUUCACUAAAUUCACUCUCCCCGCCUGCCCCAAGUAACCCAUAAAGAAUUACACAACAAGAAAUGUGGACGGCUCGAACGCCACGAGCCACUGAAGCCGACCGUACGGCGAGUACCUUAUAUCGCAAGUCGUUCUCGCCAACCGAUCGCUACCCCUCUCUAAAUCCCUAAUCAUUACCGAAACAAGUCGCGCCACAGCGUCGGCACGAGUCAACACGAGAUCGAGCGACGUCAUAUCCGUCUCAGAUUACUAUUUCCUACAGCGCAUAAUUUAUAAGGAUUCGGUUUUUAAGCUGAAAUUCGGAACCCUAAUAAUGAACCCUGAGUAACCAUCUGAUAAAUUACCUUUGGUGCUUGCAAUAAGGUCACCAUAGAGAGAAACAAGCAAUUAACAAAAAAGAAGAAAUAUACAAGCAAGGCGUAAAUUAUGAAGAAAAUAAUGUCCAUUCAAUUCCAUAUGAAAUAUCUGAAAUAAAACAAUCAAGUUUGUACUGUUCCUAAUUACAAACUAUUGUCUCUGGGAUGCGGAGAGGUGUGAUAGAUAAAACGCAAGACUAAAUGCCGAUAUCCGCAGCUCCCAGGGCGCCACGAUUGCGCCGUGAGGUCAUUUAACAAGAACGAUUCCGCGGUGACACUGUUCCGAGAAAGAGCUCUCCAGAUUGUUGGCCUCAAAUAGUAUCCGAAUAUAAACGGCUCCGGUACGUACACGUAGUGCCGAGGGCGCCGCACGGACCCCCGCGCGGACUAUUUCGGUCGCGCCCCUAGGGUCGUUGGCCGAUGCCUGCCCUGCCUGCUGCCAGACCCCCCCGCUAGGGCGUUUUUUUGCUUAUCUUUCGAAGAUAGCGCUCCCUUCUGAUGUUACGAGAGUUUAUUUGUACCGUCUACUUGAAUCGUUUCUGCGGACGUCGCACGAAACACUGAGUCCGUCUAAUCUUUUGAUAAUAGCGUUCGAAUCUUGAGAGAAGCACAUAUCGAUCCUACUCGUAUAUCUACCGAUUGUAACACGCGGAUGUGCCUGAAAUAGUUUACAUUUACUUCGAUUUCAAUGCUGUCGGUGUCAGCAAAGCAGUCAGGACCGAGGUACAUUCUUCAGGUUCCCAAGCGACGUCGGCGCUGCAAAUUUCAGUAUUGUAAAACAAUUGUCUAGUCGAAAAGUUUCUACUUGGAUAUAAAAACCAAAAUUAUUAUUACUAUUAUUAUAUGAGUACUUAAAACUAUUUUUAGUAAAGGAUCUGUGAUAGAAACCUUUUUGGUGGACUUUAUAGAAGUGUGCAAUUUUUUUUUACAAAAAAGAACGGACUGAUUAACAUUUGGCCAAAGAGUACUUAUAAUGUAUUUUCGUAGUUAACAAUUAGUACUAGUAAUGAAAGAUGGCGCUGCCGCCGCAACAGUUCUGCGUGCGCUGGAACUCCUAUCACACCAACCUGCAGGCGGUGUUCCCGCGCCUGCUGCUCACGGAGCAGUUCGCGGACGUGACGCUGGCGUGCGAGUCGCGCCAGCUGCGCUGCCACAAGCUGGUGCUGUCCGCCUGCUCCGCCUACCUCGAGCGGCUGCUGCUGCAGAACCCCUGCAAGCACCCCAUCGUGCUCAUGCGUGACAUGCGGUUCAGCGAGAUGCAGGCGCUGGUGGACUUCAUGUACAAGGGCGAGGUGAACGUGACGCAGGAGGAGCUGCCCAGCCUGCUCAAGUCGGCCGAGGCGCUGCAGAUCAGAGGGCUGUGCUCGGGCGAGGCGGGAGCGGGCGCGGGCGCGGAGGCGGAGGCGGAGGCGGGCACGCGCGACUUCACACUGGCGAGCGACGCGCUGCUGCACGCGCACCGCAGCGAAGCCUACCACCAGCCGCACCCGCCGCACCCGCCGCGCCCGCCGCACCAGCCGUCGCCCAAGCCCGGCGGCGGCGCCACCAACGGGCCCAAGAAGCGCAAGUCGGAGGAGCGGGAGCGGGAGCGGGAGCGCGAGCGGGACAAGGCGGAGGUGAAGGAGGAGACGGUGGAGGAGGACGGGCUGUACUACGGCGAGCUGGACAACGAGCACCUGGACUAUAACGAGGAGGAAGAAACUGGAAAGCCUGGCAGCAGCUUAGGACAAACUUCCGGUCGGCGCGGCGGCCCCGCGGCCCCGCGCGCUCCCCUGCUGCGCGUCAAGCCGGAGAGCGAGCUGUUCUUCCAGAACAAACUGCAGAACCUGGAGUACAUGAACAGGCUGUCCAACAUGAACGCCGCCGAGAUACAGAGCGAGUUCUCCAAGUACGGGCUCGGCGACGCGGCGGAGGAGGCGCCGGCGCCCGAGGACGACUUCUACAAGUCGUGGCUCGAGCAGAACGGCGAGCUCGAGGUGUCGCUGCUGCGCGCGCGCGGCGCGGAGCGGGCCCGCGCGCCCGCCGCCGACGGCGCCCGCGGCGACAAGCUGGCGCGCCGGCGCGGCCGCCCGCCCAUCUUCAAGGACAAGAACGUGGACAUCGGCGAGACGGUGCUCAAGGCGGACCUCGACCAGUUCCUGGAGGGCAAGGAGGUCAGCUCGUCGGGCCUGUCGCGCAAGGACCUCGAGCGCGUCAUGAUGGGCAAGUUCAACCCCAACCGGCGCUACUCCAACGAGGCGAUGUGGGCGGCGCUCGUGGACGUGAAGAAGGGCGGCAGUAUCUACAGGGCGGCGCAGACGCACAAGGUGCCGCGCAAGUCGCUGCGCAACUGGAUGAAGCGCUGCCACAUCAAGUCGUCGUUCCCCAUGCCGCAGCAGCUGAAGCAGUUCGUGGAGAACAGCAAGCGCCAGCGCGAGGGCGGCGCGGACGCGGCCGAGCGCCUGCACCGCUUCGGCGAGCACUUCCUCAGCUGCGGCCGCGCCUCCAGCGACGACGAGCGCGCGCCGCCCGCGCCCGCGCCCGCGCCAGCCGCGCCCGCCGCGCUCGACAUGACGCUGCGCGAGUAGCGCGCGCGGGCGGCGCCGGGUGCGAGCCUUUUGUAUGAUGAAUUUUAAUUAUGUGAAUCGAAUCGUAUCGUUACGUAAUGCGAACGUUCCACGUUGUUAUCUUUACUGCCAAAGACGAAGCAAAGAUUUCUAUAAAAAAAAAUAUCUACACUUAUUAUUUUCUUUUACGACGCGCAAUAUGUUUCCAAAGAUUUUGUUUUGUUUUAUUUUUAUUAUUUUAAAUGAACGCGCGAUCGGCUCCGGGAGCCGAAGACGUUCUUAGCGAAUACUUAUCGUAGAGUUGUUAUGGCUGCCUGCGUCCUGCAGCGAUGAGAGAGUGUUGGGAUGACGAGAAGCGCUUGGAGCGAGUGGAGGAGGAACGGUUGUUUUGUGUUAGUUAUGAUUAUGAGUCGUUAGUUAGUUGUGUCGUAGUGGAGACGGAAAAUUGGCCUUUAUGAAAUUCGUGUGCUUGUAUGGACUUCGUCCGGAGAUAAAUAAAAGACUUAUAAAAUGAAAUUUUAGCGUAAUUCGAUGUAAGGGAUGGAUUCGUAUCGCGGCGGCGCCCGGCGGGGUGCGCCGAGCGGGGCGGG